GCAAGUGCUUCCGGACAGAUUGCUAAGAAAAACAAAGGAUUUCGGUGAACAAAAGGCUCCUACUUGUUCAAUGAUGAUGUGUGCAUUGCAGUAAAUAAGGCAACAUCGAAUAGCUGUUGAGUGACCACAACUGAUGGCGCUACUGUGAUGCAGGUCACCCACUGAACUAGGACGCUACUCUCCAUUGAUGUUUACAUUUCGGUACAUGAUUUAAAACAUUUCUCAAGUUUUCAUAAGAUCUUCCAACAUGGAGAGUAGUAUCUCUGGGGUCUACGGAACGGCCAAGCCACAACACAAGAAGGAGAACUACCUCGACGAUGUCAUCCGUUUCCUGCGUCGGUUGCUAGGUUACUGUCUGUGCGUCGUCACGUGCGGCUGUGUCCCGCCGCCAAAUGGACGAAUGAAUGGUCAGGAAUAUGAGACGGCGUUGUCGGAUACUGAAAGGGAGGCUGUCAAUAGCUUGCUGAAAUACUUAGACUCGAAAGCCUCUGACAACCCAACCAUUGACGACGAACGUCUCCGCGCCCUAUGUAUCCUGACCUACUCAGAUAACGUCGAGCUCCAAAGGUCGGCUGCGUUAUGUUUUGCCGAAAUCUCCGAAAGAAUGAUGGUACCAUUAACUCUAGUCAUAAUGGAACCUCUCAAUGUCCUCCUACAAUGUCGAGACACUGAGGUUCUACGUGCCGCGUCUCUGGCCGUUAGCAACUUCGCCUUGGAAGGUUCGGAGCAAAACCGGGCCGUGAUUGUUGAGAGCGGAUCCAUCCUGCUACUCGUGAAUCUUUUGUCGUCCAAGAACUAUGAAGUGCAAUGCAAUGUGUGCGGAUGCAUUACGACUCUAGCAACCGAAGAUGAAAACAAAGUCGACAUCAUCGAAGCUGGCGCGUCGAAACCUCUUCUCAAUCUGUGCCGAUCACCUGACCUCCGUGUUCAACGUAAUGCCGUUGGUGCUGUUCUUAAUCUGACCCAUCUCAACGCGAAUCGCGAUGAACUAGUCACAUACGGUGCCAUCCCCAUCCUUGUCGAGGUCCAAACCUCCAAAGACGUAGACGUCCAGUACUACAGCACAGCGGCCCUUAGCAACCUCGGUAUGAGCGAGCGACAUCGGACGAUGAUGGUCGCUGUCGGCCAUUGCGAUGUUGUUCGGCAGCUGAUAACGCUUGCGCAAUCACCAGUGGAGAAGGUGCGAUGUCAGGCGUGUUUGGCGCUGAGAAACCUUGCAUGUGACACGGACAACCAACUCAUCAUAGUCAGAUAUGACGGUUUACCGGCGCUGAAGAAAGUCUUGGUAGGGAGCUCUGGGGAAACCCUAGCAGCAGUUGCGGCGUGUGUGCGAAAUUUAUCAGUUCAUAAAGCAAACGAGGUUGCCAUUAUCUGUGAAUCGUUUUUACCGGAGUUGCAAAUGAUCCUGAUGUCAUCAGGGAAUCCCGAAGCCAAGAAACACGCCGCAGGAACGAUACGAAACCUGUCUGCUGGAGACCAUGCCAGGGUCAUUGUGAAUACUGGAAACAUCGAGACAUUAUGCAUCCUAGUCCUGCGAACACAGACACGACACUCUGGUGCGCAGCUCUCAGUUAUCAUAGAAACCACUGCCGCGCUUGCCAUUUUAGCUGAUGAAGAGGAGGUCAAACAUAUGAUGUUGGAGUACGAAAAUGGCAAGGUCAUAUCAAAACUCAUCGACCUUGCCAAUAGGUCAUCCAAUUCGGAAUUACGGUACAACUGUGCAGGGACACUUGGGCAAAUAGCUGUCAUAGCCAUCCCCUCUGACCUCAUCCAAGCCAACUCAGCCGGCAUCUUGUCAUACAUGACAGACUUCCUCCACAGUGAUGACAGCAGUUUCGUUCACAUAGCUCUGUGGACCUUGGUGCAUUUACUAGACGAUCAAGCAUUCCUCAAGACUAUUCAGCGGAGUCAGCUACCUAGGCGGUUCACACAACUCAAGGAAAAAGCCCCAUCACCAGCAGUUCAGGAACUAGCAGAGACCGUCAUCGAUAAAUUAAUUGCGACAGGUCCAGACGAUAGCAGUUGAACGACAAUGAAUCAGUCCAGGCUGUGAAUGAGAUUUAUUGGCCAAGGUCAAAGUCAAAGUAAAUCUUGCGCAAUCACUGUAUCAUUUGGUCAAGGUCAAUGUAAUGUUGCGCAACCUCUCUUGGUGGGUUAUGGUCAAGGUCAAGGUCAAAGUUAAUGUUGUGCAACCUCUCUUGGUUGGUUAGGGUCAAGGUCAUAGUAAACGUUGCCCAACCUCUCUCGGUUGGUUAAGGUCCAGGUCAAGUUAACGUUGAGAAACCUCUCUGUCAAACUUGAUGUCAAGGUCAAAGAACUUAUCUCAAUCGUAGAACUCAUAGGGUGUUGAUUUUUGAAAAUCUCGGCUCUGCGUAUGAUGAGUAAAAAGAGGUUUAGUGUGGGAAACAAAUGGUUUGGCAACAUGAAAUAGUGGUACAGGACUCGGCUUUACAACUUAAAUUCAAGUGUCACAUUGUAUUGUGCGAGUUUUAGAUUGUGUGCGUCAAUUCAGAAGCAUAUUCCUGUUGUAAACAAAGAUAUUUUUUAUUGGAAACGUGUUAAGAAUAGGUGGGGGUAGUUUUUAGUCAGAUUUAAAAUGCGACUAGUGUUAGUUAUUUUGCUUUUUUUUCUGGAGAAUGUUGGAUAUCGAGGAGAAGCUCUUUUUCUAAGUGCAAUGUACAUGGUUGUACUACUGUAUUGGUCUGCGAACACGGGACCAUGGAAAAUGAUGUUACGUCACGGAUAGCACUAACGUUUUGCCGUCCCUCGUCGCGUGUUAGCCGUCCAAUGACAUCACGAUUGUAUUAAAACUAGAAAUUACUCUUGCCAAACGGCUGAAUUGCAACUUUUAAUCACCACUUUAGAACUUAUAAGCAACAACAAAUUUUCUUCUUUUA